UGCUCCUCCAGACGGACUCUCUCUGCUCUCACAUCUCCUCCUCUAGAUGAUCGUUUUGAGGAGUAACUCCUCUCAGGACGAGGUUUUUACUGCGUCGCGUGAAAACUGAUUUAUUUGUGUUUGUAUAUUAUAUAUAUUAUAUAUAUUCCUGCUCCUCCUGCCCCCCCGGAGGAUCAGAGGAGCUGGUGUGUUGGGAGCAGCUCCUCUGAGAUGAAGGUUUGUCUGGAACAGCUCGCCUGAUUCUGGACGUCUUGUUGUCUCCUGGAGGCUCAACAGCAUCACAGACCAGCUCACCGUCUGCAGCUGAAGGCAGGUGACCAGCAGCCAUGCUCUCAUUGGACGAGCCUCUGGACUUGAAGCUGCCUUCAGGACGGAUGGACGUCCCCGUCAGAAAGAGGGCGUGUCCUUCUUCUGUCCGUCUCUGCUCCACACGACCUCGUCUGCUGAGCUCUGCCUUCCCGUCUCCUCCCUCCUCACCAGAGUCCCAGUCCUCCCCUCAAGAACGACCCGGGUCCUGCUUCAGUCCUCCAGCCAUGGACCUCAGCCUGUCACCCUCCUCCCGCCACGCCUCCUCCCUCUCCCCGUCUCCUUCCUCCCCUGCCUCCCCCUUUCCUUCCUCACCCCUGGAGUCCCCUCACAGCAGCAGCAGCCCUCAGCCACAUCUCUUCUCACGGGAGCCGACUCGUCAUCGCGGCCUGGAGGGCGGAGCUUCACCUCAGGGUUAUCCGUUCUAUCUGCCGAUUGGAAGCCCGCCAAGGGCGUACAGCUUCCCCCCCUCCAUGUUCAUUGGUCAGAACAGAGACAGGCAGGUGUCACCAGAGCCCUCAUUGGACGGUCAGCUGGCCUGCCAUUGGAUGAAGUGCCACCUGCUGUUCGACUCGCUGCAGGACCUGGUGGAUCACAUCAACGACUUCCACGUCAAGCCUGAAAAGGAUUGUGGGUACUGCUGCCGGUGGGAGGGCUGUGCUCGAAACGGGAGGGGCUUCAACGCCAGGUACAAAAUGCUGAUUCAUAUCCGCACACACACCAAUGAGAAGCCGCACCACUGUCCCACCUGUAACAAGAGCUUCUCCCGCCUGGAGAACCUGAAGAUACACACCCGCUCACACACAGGAGAGAAACCCUACGUCUGUCCUUAUGACGGCUGCAGCAAACGGUACUCCAACUCCAGCGACCGCUUCAAGCACACGCGGACGCACUACGUGGACAAACCGUACGGCUGCAAGAUGAGCGGCUGCAUGAAGCGCUACACCGACCCCAGCUCGCUGCGCAAGCACAUCAAGGCCCACGGACACUUUGUCUCUCCGGAGCAGGGCGCCGCCAUCAGCAGGCCUGGGGGGGCGGGGCCUGGCCUCCUGGGGGCGGGGCCUCAGAGCAUCUCUGACCUGCACAGUGUGUGCGGGGCCCACCUCCUCCUCGGGGGGCCCCUCUCUGCUUUCUGCCACCGCGGGGCGCCACUCUUCUCCGUGUCCGCGGGGAGUCUCUCGGACUCUCCUCUCUUACACUUUGGACUCUCAGCGGCGUCCGUGAUGGGGCUGGGAGCGCUGGGAGCUCUGGGACGGAUUGCGGGGAUGAAGAUGGAAGGCGGGGAGGAGGAGGAGGAGGGAGAGGAAGGGGGGGUGCUGAACCUGUCUGCGGGGGCGGGGCUAAGACGAAGUGACCCUCUGUCCUGGCUGGUUGUCCCCCCGAGGGCCCUUCUCCUCAAACCAGCUGUCGUCAGCUAGGAUGUGCACGUUUAGUUCAGUGUGUGUGUGUGUGUGUGUGUGUGUGUGUGUGUGAGGGAUGAAAGGUUGCCGUCUUGGCAGAGCCAUAAAGAAAGGAAACACUUCAGUCAUUCCAGUCCUGAAAGACAACACAAGACGAACUGAGGGCGUUUUUUGUGUUCGAGUGAACAAAAAGAAGUCGUCUGUUUGAGUUUCGGGUUUCACAAGAGUUCAGUUUCACCCCAACGACAAAAGAAAAUAAAACAGGUAUGACUUGAAUCUGGCGACCAGAUCAGAUUUCAUCUGUUGACAUUACAUCGAGUCCCUGUUGUUUUCAGCAGCGACAACAUCGAUGAUAACUGAACUAAACUUUGCAAUAAGAUUUCUCUAAUGUAAUGAGAUUUAUAUGAUGCAUUCGUGGUCCCCAGGAGAUGGAUGUUUCUAUCGCUGGUGAUGCUAACGUUUCCUCUAGCGCCACCAUCAGGUCCACGUUUCAAAUCCCGAAUUACAAAUCAAAUAUGUUUUAUUAGAGGAAGAUAUCUGGAGAACCACGGCUGUCUGAGCGGCUCAGAACCACAGAAGUGAUUCAAAUAUGUGCGAUUUAGGUGAGCUGACCCUUUAAUGUUCAUCUGAACCUCGACAUCAGAUUCACUAAUCUGAUUUUAUAUAUUUUUUUAUGUUUGACAACCUCCACUCACUGCUGAGCCCAUUUCACUCAUUAAUAAAUAUGGGAAAAGCAGGAUAACGGGGAGCAACGAGAAACACUAAUGCAACAUUAAUGAAGACUUCAUUAAGAAUCAAUGUGACAUCGUUCUUUAUUCUCUCCUUCAGGAAACCUUUCUAGAAUGAAUGGGUUUAAUCUCAAAAUCAAUCCACAGCCUCUCACAUAAAACUUUAUACAAAAUGUUUACAGGUUUAAGUGGUGAUCUGAUGACAUGAAUUUAAAUAAGAUGUCUGUGGAUUUGAUAUCUGGGACGUAUAUCAUCUCGUGCAACACGUUCACCUGAGAUGAGCGGCUUCAUUUUCAAGCCCACAAACAAAAUAUUAAGCUCGUUGGAGGUAACUGAAACCGCCGAGGUCCGGUCAUGAUGAACUCAUCAGCUGCUCUACGGACUCUUUAAAGAGAGACAUGGAUGUUUACGACGUGUGACGGAUCCUUGUAACCCACACAGAGCCUUCUGUUUGACCACGUGAUUAUUAAACUCACAAGAUAAAAAGAAAUACAGAGUGCUGACGCAACGCGACGUGGGUUUGUGGUCGACUCCUUCAGUCUAGAUGAGCUCAUUUUAUUUUUCUAUUAAUCACUCCUCGACAACGAUCUCGACCCGGAUCGGCCCGUUUUAGAGAAGACCAACAUUCAACACGGCAGACAAAAGGUGUGUAUCUGGAAAGUAUAAGUACACAUUUGCUUUACAAGAAAGCCUCUUCAUGUUUGACAAAGGCCUCCUGCGGCCGGUAGCUGUUGUUUUAUCUCCGACUCUUGUUUGCACAUCGGUCGAUCCUAAUCAGUAUUUCAAAAGGGUGCCUUGUGUUUCAUCUGAAAUAUAUCACACAGUAUAUGAAACAUAUCUACACAGAUGUAACGUGUAUAAAUGUGCUUUUCAUUACAUUUUAGAAAAGUCGAAUAACUUGACAGCAGAUGUGAUUUGUACGUCAGGGCCACUGCAGCGUCACCAGCGUCGA